UGGCUGUUGGUUUGUGGAAGGUAUGUGUUGUAUGAUUAGUUUCGUUUGCAAUUGUGGUGAUUUGUUGGUGGCUUUUGGCAUUUAAUUUGAAAAAUAGUGAUACGCAAAGUUCUUUUCAGAUAUAUAACUGAUUCAACUAACCGUAGUUAUGGAAAACGACGCAGGAGAGUUUGUCGACUUGUAUCGCCCUCGCAAAUGUUCUGCCAGCAACCGCAUCAUUCACGCAAAGGAUCAUGCGUCUAUACAGAUUAAUAUUGCUGAUGUAGAUCCAGCUACAGGACGUAUGACGGACACUUCAAAAAUGUACGCAAUAUGUGGCGCCAUACGGAGAAUGGGGGAGUCUGAUGAUUGUAUAGCAAGGCUUGCAAAAAAGGAUGGCAUUCUCGCAAAGAACUUUUGAUGCCUGACGUUGGUGUCUACAAAUUUGUACUAAAAUAAAAACUUUAUCCUAAAUAA